CACUUGUUCUACAUUGUUUUUAUUUCUAUAAACAAAAGUGGGUCGUGAAUUUUGAAUUAACAAAAUGGGUUGUGAUGAAAACAGCACGAUUGGUGCCUUAGAAAAACAAAUUAACCUAUUAAAAGAAGAGUACACAAAGUUACAGCGUAGCUUUGCUGAACUUGAACGGAAAUAUGGUGAAAUAAUCGCUGAAACAUGUAAAGAUGAUUCCACUACAAGCUGCUUUGUGCCCCGCUUAGUUGCGACAGUGGCUACUCUUUAUAAUAAGAACAUUUAUUCUGAUAUAUGCAUUAGAAUUGGAGAUGUAACUAAACCUGCCCACAAAUUUGUUCUACAUGCACGUUCAGAAAAAUGGAAUGAGGAAGUAUUAAACAAUAUAAACGAACUUGAUUGGAGUACACUUGAGGAAGAUGUCGGAGUUUCCCUUUUACGAUGGAUUUAUACUGACGUUGCAGAUUUGAAAAACUCCCGAUUUGCUUUAGAACUUCUGAGGGCAGCUCAUUCCUUUAAAUUGCCCGGUUUGUCGACUUUGUGUGAACGUGCUUUAGUCGUUUGGGCUGACAUUCGGUCCUGUGUAAAAUUUUACUGUGUUGCUGAAGAAGUGGGUGCAACCACCCUUCUUAAAUAUUGUUCAGAAUUGAUAUCAACCCAUUGGGACAACUUAACUCCUGUGGACUUUGAACAUAUGUCCGGGCCUCUACUUUAUAAUAUGUUUAAAAUCAAAACAAACUAUCCGCUACAUGCUGCAGUGAGAUUUUUAAGAGAAGAUGUUGUGCUUUUAUGUUUGCUAGAGAAUGAUGCUAAACUAUCCGAAAUAACUAAUUGUUUGUCUGACCAAGGGCAGUUACCACUUCAAUUAGCUUUGGCAGCGAACAGUCUUCCCAUUGCUCAAAUUCUUGUCAAUAAAGGAUUCGCAGAUUUAAAUUCGUAUGAUGCAGAGGGGCUUACUUUGUUAAUAAGAGCUAUCAAAAAUUACGAUGAAUUUUCGGCGAACUUUUUAUUGGAUAAUGGCUGUGGAUUGAAUUUAAUAGCAAGGAAAACGGGAGACACUGCUCUUCAUGUUAUUUGCAAAUAUUCUCCUGUAGAAACUGAUCCAGAAGUUUUUACUUCCAUACUAAGUAUUGGCAAAAAAAUACUUGCAUUAAAUCCAAAUAUUAAUAUUCAAAAUGCUGAGGGUGAAACUCCUAUUCACUUAGCAGUAAUGUCUGGUAACAAUGAAAUGUUAGAUAUGUUGCUGCCUUUGCCUAAUCUGGAUAUUAAUUUACAAACGAGGAAUGAGGAAACCGCCUUAGAAUUGUGUCUAGUAAAUAAAACAAUCGCUCCGCAAUUGCCCACGACGUUAUUAAAACUUGGCGCCAACGCAAACCCAAUUAAAGGCUCUACUCAAGAUAAUUUAUUACAAAUUUUGGCUAAAGAGAGCUUUGAGGAAUCAGCAAUUUUUUUAGCAGAUCAUGCAGAUGUUAAUCAUGUUAAUGGCGAAGGAUUGACUGCACUGCAUAUAGCCACAAAAAAGAACUUAUCAAAUUUAGUUGCAAAAUUAUUACAAGUUGGUGCUAAUCCCAACAUUCAACGUGACUUGUCUCAUAUGAGAUCACCUAUACAUUUGGGAGUAGAAGCCAACGCUGUUGAUGCUAUAAAGAAAUUCGUAAACCAUAAAUUAAUAUCGUCGACUUUGAAAGAAAUUCCAGAUUUCAACUGCAAAGAUGAGAAUGAAGACACACCAUUAAGCCUUAGUAUAAAUUUGAAGCGAAGUCAUCUGGUUCCUAUUUUAAUAGAUGGGGGAGCGGACGUUAAUGCGCGAAAUGGUCAAGAUAUGGCACUUUUACAUCAAGCGAUUUUAAAUAACGAUACUGAAACUGCAAUUUUGCUUCUACAAUAUGGUGCAGAUACAAAUUGUUUAACAGGAAAUCAAGAAUCGCCUUUACAGCUUGCUAUUCAGCAUAAUAUGCCCCAAGUGGUUGACACUUUAUGUGCUAAAGGGGUGUCUUUAAGUUGUUUUUCAAAUAACACAAAAGAUUCACCGCUCUGGAUGAGUCUUGAGCUUGAAAAUGAAGAUAUCGCUCAAAUAUUAUUACGCCACGGUGUUGAUACAGAUUGCUGGCAUACUGGGCCAGGUAAUUGUCUUCAAACUUUGCUGCACCGUGCUAUAGAUGAGAAAAAAGAGUCUAUAGCAAUUUUUCUAAUAAAAAGUCAAUGUGAUAUUGAUUCUCCUCGCCAUCCCGGACCUAAUGACGAAGGAGGAGAUGAAGCUAACCUUAAAGCUUCCCCAUUACAUUUGUGCUGCCAUUGCGGUUUUACCAAAGUAUUGCAAGCACUCAUCGACCAUGGGGCAAAUGUGAAUGCUCUAGACAUUAACAAUCAAACCCCUAUCCAUAUAGCGGUAAGGAACCACCAGGAAAAAAUUGUUUCUAUUUUGUUGUGUCAUCCAAAUAUUGAUUUAAAAAUACGUGAUAACGAUGGGAACACUCCUUUCGCACAAGCUCUUAUUGUUCGUAAUCAUAAAGCAGCAAAACGAAUUCUAGAACGACUGCCAAGCGCUGCAGAACAGAUGGAUCAUCGCGGACGUAAUUUCCUUCACAUAUCAAUACUAAAAGAUGAUUUGGAAGGUGUACUAUUUUUGUUAUCAGUUCAAGUAGAUGUCAAUUCAAGAGUGCACGACGUGAAUCAAAGUACAUCCUUACAUUUGGCUACAUCAUCGCGGAAUGAAAUGAUAAUGAGAACUCUGAUCCUAGCAGGCGCAUGUGUCAAUGAAAGAGAUGCAAUUCAAAAGACACCACUUCAUGUUGCAACUGAACGAGGUAAUUUAACUGCCGUAUCCGCUUUGUUACAGAAUAACGCAGACUAUGAUGCGGUUGAUGGUGAGGGGAAUAAUGCUUUACAUAUUGCGGUACGUGGAGGUCAUUUAAGUAUAGUUCGUGAAUUAUUGACUGAAUCAAGAAUAGAUGCAGAAGCGGUAAAUUUCAAAGGACGAACUCCACUUCAUGAACUUUGUCGUAUGGGGGAAGAUAAUUCAGCAGCCAUUAUUUGCGACUUAUUCUUUGAAUGCAUGCCAAAGUAUUCUAUUAAUACUCCAGAUUCAGAUGGAAAUACGCCUCUUUUACUGGCCUUUAUGCGUGGCCAGUCGCCAUUAUGCAAAGCUUUGGUAAAAUAUGGUGCAUGCCUCGGUACGGAAAAUAGGGAUGGCAUUAGUAUAUUCAACUUCAAAUUGGCCACAGAUCAACUAAUAUACAAGCUGCUUGAUCAACUACCUCAAGAGUCUCCAUGGUCCGAAUCGGAUGUAUGCCAAGAAUGUCGCAUAAAAUUUUCCCUAACAGUACGUAAACAUCACUGCCGUCAUUGUGGGCGUGUUUUAUGUUCCAAAUGUUCCAAUAACGACGUCCCAAUUCUUAAAUUUGGGUUAAAUAAGCCAGCUCGUGUGUGCGAAACUUGUUUUACUGUUUUACAAGGAGGAAACGGAAGUCUGCAGUGAGAAGAUACUAAAGUCAAACAAUAUAUGCAAUCAAUACGUGCAUGUACAUAAUCUAUACACUAUGUAAUGAAAUGCUUGGCAUUGACAUAAUAAAUAUAUUCACUAUAUAUGAGCAUAUGUAAAUAAAAGGUCUUUUCCGAAGUAAAAAUAAA